GUACACAUCACUAGAAGAUAUUAAUUAGUACGGUCCAAUACUUUCUAAAUCAAAUGGCUGGGCUAUCUACACACAAGUUUUGCGCAGCGUUUUUGCUGGUGAUCGGUGUUGUCUGCGCCAACGCCGAUGGUACUGAAAACCCGGAAAUAGACAUGGAAAUGUGGGCUUCACGCAAUCAAUUGUUGGACUCCAUGUUUGAAGAUACGCUGAAUUUAACCGGUUAUGCUUUUGCAUGGAGUAAGGAAGUUUGCCAGAAGCUACUCGACGAGGAGCAGAAUCAAACAAGCGCAGAACCAGAAGCUCGCGAAAUGCAUCUGAAUAAUUGUCUUCGUCACACCGUGGAUCGUUUAGAUCCCACAACAAGUCGUCGUGGCGAUCACCCAUAUGAAGUCCGAUUGCACAAAUAUGGAUUUGAGGAAUUUCGAAAAGUCAUGGAUCAAAAAUAUGAACACUUCUUCGAUGAGAUGGUCCAGCGUAUGGUUGACUAUGUAAAGAGUUUGACGCCAGAGCAGCAAGGCAAAGAGACGGCGCGAAAUUUGAAGGGUUGGUCGGGCAAAAUUAAGAAUGCUCCGACUUUGGCAGGGAAAGAAAUGGCUUUCAGAAAAUGUAUGCGAUUUUAUUACUUUGAGAGGGGUGUUUAAUGUGACCGUUUUCGGUUCGGCCAUUCAAAAGUUAAACAUUUGAAAGUGAAAGCGGAGCUACAAAACGUUAGCAAUAUUUUUUGUUUUUGUUUAGUGACUAACUGAGCUCGUCUUAAAGUUCUUAAACGCAUCUAAAACAUUUUACAAUAUGAUUAAUUUAAGCAUACGCAGCUAGAAUGCUUGCUAUCCCGUUUAAAAGUAAUCAUCAACUAAAAUUUUAAAAUUGAAGUUCAAAUCAGUUUUUUGGCUCUGACAGUAGCAUAUUAAUAUUUUAUAAAAUUAAUUUAAAGCAGUUUGUGCGAAAUUUAAUAUAGUUGGCAACCUUAUCUAAUGUAAUGUAAUAUGCUGAAGUCUUACAUUCUAAUA